AUGGAUUGGUCGCCGGCUAAAUCCGAAUCUUCCUUACCUUCACCUGUAAGGUCACGUUCUCGAUCCGGUUCGCCCUCACCUCCCCCUCCCAAAACGAUUACGAUCAAUUUAUUCCCGCUUACUGAUUCAAUAGAAUUUGCACCUAAACACUUAAGCUUCAGUCCCGAUCAAGAAAUUAAGGUCGGUAGGGUAAGCGGAAGCCGUAAUCAAAAAGAAGCUAAAGCGGAUAAUGGAGUGUUCAGCUGUGAUGUUAUGUCACGAGAACACGCCUUGUUAAAAGAAGAGAACGGGAAGAUUCUAAUUAAAGAUUUGAAAAGUACGCAUGGUACUUUUGUUAAUAAUGUAAGAUUAGGUGAUGGUACAGUAGAAAGUGAUUGGCGUGUUUUAAACCAUAGAGAUAUUAUUACAUUUGGGCACAGUGUAAGACGAAAUCAAAACUUAUAUAAACAUUUGUCAGCAUAUAUUUUUUAUCCGAAGGAGACAAAAGGAGAAAUUCACUCACCGAACACGUCUAAUGGGAAUACACCGGUCGCAAUCUCCAUAUCAAAUGUACAAACAGUCAAAACGGAGCAAAUUUCACAGAACGCUUCAUCAUCACAGGAAGCCACCUCGUUAAAGGAUGACGAAACUCCUAAAAAUUUAAUGCUGCAGAGUAGAAACGAAGGCCCUGCAUCUUAUUAUAUUGCAAAAUCCGGUGGUUUGCCGUCAACUACACCUAAUGCGACUAAUCCCCUUAGUAGUAAAUUCGAUGAAUUCUCCGUUAUUAAGUCACAUACAACAGAUAACGUUACACAGGCUAGUGAAGCACUUAUUGAUGAUUCAAAGCAAGACAGUCCUUCUAAAACAAGUGAAGAGAUGUCUACAUCGAUUCAAAAAUUGAAGAUCGAUCAGUCCGAUGAAAAGCUUCAUAUAGAAGCAGAAAUUAAAGAACUACCAACGAGUUCUAGCUUCCGAGAGGACAAUGAUGAUAUUCCUAUGGAAAAUGCAGAAAAUGAUGAGAUAGUUAAGGAUUCAAAUAAUGAUGAGAAUGAUGAUAUGAAUGUUCAUGAAUCAGUAUAUCCUGAAAUUGUACCCGAUACUAAUCCGGUAGUCACAGAAGAAGAAGAAGAAGCAGUAAUUCAAACUUCAACUGUUAGUAAGACAACUGCUUCAUUUGUUGCGCCCGCGCCAAUUAAGGACAGGACAUCUACACGAGAAACACGAGAGAUAAAACAACCUAGAACUCCUCGUAGAGAAAAAGAGGGUAAUUCUGAUAAAGUUGAAAAUGAAAAUUUAGUUGUUAGUAACGGUGAAGGUCCUUCACAUGCGACAGAGUAUGAACCUUCAACCACAAUUACUUCACGCAAGCGUAAAUAUGAAGAAAUAGAUGAAGAAGAAGAUGGGCCAGAGAAAGUAAAUGAUCUUAGAGAAAAGUUAGCGGAAUUAGAAGAACGCGCUAAACGUGCUAAUAAACGUAGAAAAUGGGAUAUGGUAUAUUCUACUGUGCUUGGUAUGGCUGCAGGGGCUGUCGGAAUUGGAGCUUGUGCUUAUCUAUUUGCUGGGGUUUAA